CGUCGUCUCGUCUCGUCUCUCUCCUCACCCGCAACCCCAACGGAGGAGGAAGGGAAGAAGGGAGGAAACCCUAAAAUUCCUCUUCUCCUUCUGCUCUCGAUUCGAUUCGAUCUCGUCGCCACGCCCCCGCCCCCGCCCCCGCCCCGCCCCGCAAGCCGCCGAUCUGUUGCGCCUCGUCAAGACCCCCCAGCCCAAGAUCUGAUUCGUUUCGAUUCCGAGCUGAGCAGCAGCAGGAGCAGGAGGAGGAGGAGGAGCUCAUCGAUUUGGUGGUUGCUGAUGGGCGGCGCAUCCAUGUUGGAUGAGGAAGCGCACUGCAUCUGAUCGCAUUCGGGUCCCCUCCAGCAACCCCGCGCCAUCGCCGUCGCCGCCGCCGCCGCCGCCGCCGCCGGAGGAACCUGCCGUGCCCAUGCCGCAUGUUGGGGCCCGCCGCUCCACGCGCGUCUUCGUGCCCAAGACGCCCAGGCCGCCUCAGCCUUCUGAUCCUGCCAGGGUCCUCCGCUCCGGCAAGCGCCUCGCCUUCUCCGAAUCCCCCGCCGACGCCCACUGGUUCCAGUGCAAGCCCAACAACUGCUUCCACGUCCAUGACCACCAACGCCAACUUCACGACGACCCCAAGCCACCGCCGCCGCCUCUGCCGCGCACAAGGUCCUUCGGGAUCGUCUACAGCAGGAAGCGCCGCCGCCGCCUCCCCGAACCCAAGGAGGACACCAGGUUUGCCAUUGUCUUCACUAGGAAGAGACCCAAGGUCGCCCCUUUUCAGCACCACGCCCCGAACGACCUUGCCACCAUCCCAUGCUCCUCUUCCAGGGAGUUUGCCUCCAGGACUGGCUUCUUUGAUUCCCAUUUCUUGACCCUGGUGGAUUGUAUUCCCACUAAUAAAGCUGACGCUGCCAUGCUUAUUGUCCUUGUGGAUUCAUCUUGCUCUGGGAGCUCUCAGCACUUCUUGCGCCUCCUCCUCUCUGUGCUGCGCUGGAUGCGUAGCUGCCGACGGGGCAAGGUCCGAAACCUUGCCUCCUUUCUCUCGUCCGAUGCUGUCGCCACUGCGCUUGCAUUGCGGGGAUUGCAUUUUGUCCAGCUUCAAUGCCGGAGAGACUGUGCAUUGUCACAGAGGGCUUUGGUGCAAUGUGGCUGGUGUGAGCUUCGUGGUGCCAAGGAUUCUGAACCAUUGUUGUCUGUCAAUUUCUUGGCAGUCCCUUCUUACUUCCAGAUUUUGCACUUGUUAAUAGCACUCGAGUCAAUGUAUCUUCCAGCUGUGAUUCGUACGAGAAUGCAUUUGGUUGGUGGAGCUGAAGAAAUUUAUCCUCGCACCCUAUUGGAGGAGGAUUCUGAAUCUCUGAGCACUGGGGAUACUGAUCCUGCUGUUGACCUGUGUAGCAACAAACUUUGCAGUGUGGCUCAAGAUUAUGUGCCCCUUGAAGAGAUUGCAGGAGUGGUGGUCCAUGGUCUGAGGCUAAAGAAGCAUCAAAGGAAGAGAAGCUCUAUGCGGCAUCCCCUCAGUCGACAGCGUCUUGCUGCAAGAUUUCCCGACAAGGUAGUUGCAACAAACCAGACCGAUGUGGCUAGACAGACAGAAGCGGAUGCGCCACCCUCAGUUAGUCCGGAGCUUCCACUGGAGCCUGUCAAACCUAAAGCAGCACUGGAAAUCUCUCUUGAUUUGCUUGAAAACAUGGAUGACAGUGAUGUUUCAACUCCUAUAGGAUCAAAUGGGAAGCAAAAGAGGUCUUCUUUGAAAAGUCCCAUUGAGCGCAUGAAUGAAAGGUUGGCUUUGGCUGAGGUUAGACAGAAUAUAGAUUCUGUUCACUGCAGAGCAAACCUUUUAAUUAUUCAACCUGAUAGGUGCUGGAGGGAAGAAGGCGCUGAAGUUAUGCUGGAACCAUCGGAAUCAAAUGAGUGGUGUAUAGCUGUGAAGAUACAUGGUGUCAAUAGAAUAUCUCUGAAGCCUUCGGAGCAGAGGUUUUAUGUUGUUAACCGGUUCACCCAUGCCUAUAUUUUGGCAGUUGAUGAUGGAUUGAAGAUUGAGUUCUCUGAUAAAUGGGACUGGCUUUUGUUUAAGGAGUUGCAAAUUGAGGGUCGGGAGCGCAAUUCCCAGGGAAAGAUGAUACCAAUUCCUGGUGUAAAUGAGGUUUCUGAUGACAUGGGAGUGAUUGGAACAUAUCCUUUUUCACGCCCUGUGCCAGACUAUAUCAGAAUGGCGGAUGAUGAGGUUGGGCGAGCUCUCUCAAGGGACUCUGUAUAUGAUCUGGAUUCUGAGGAUGAACAGUGGCUCACCCAGUUGAAUCAUUCAGAUUCUGACAGAAAAAGCGCACAUCUUAAUCAUAUUUCUUAUGAAGAUUUUGAAAAGAUGAUUACCACGUUUGAAAAGGAUGCUUUCAACAACCCUGAAGGAACUAGUGAUUUGGAUCAGAUUCUUUCCAGAUACCCUACUUUGGAAAAGGACCAUAAUGUCCUUGCUGUGCAUGAAUAUUGGAUAAACAAGAGAUAUAAGAAAGGUGUACCACUGCUAAGGAUAUUGCAGGGUGCAACACUAAGACGAGGACAACUGUCACAAAGAUCUAUUAAGAAAAAAAGAUCUUUCAAGAGACAAAGAAGCCAAGCUGGCCGUGGAAAGCCUGACAUAUGCUUGCAAGAUGCUAAUGGUGCUGAAGAGGAGGCUUUGCGGAGAGUUGUGGAAGCCGAACGUGCUGCAACACAGGCAGGAGAAACAGCUGUUCGUCUGCGCAGUAGAGCUCAGCGUCUCAUGGCAAAGGCUGAGCUGGUGGCAUACAAAUCUAUUAUGGCCCUCAGGAUUGCUGAGGCUGCUAGGAUAUCUGACUCGUCACGGGAUCUUGUUUUGACGACCCUCGACUAGUGAAGAAUGUGAGUGAGAUGUUCAUUGAUUUGUGUGAAGAGCAUAGUAGCCAAUAGUUUGUUUUCCUCUUUUUUGCCGCAUCAUUUCAAUGCUACGUGGUAUUUGGCUUUCGGGUAAGCUGUGGGCUGUGGGUCUCUUUUUUCCUCCCCACCUGUUUUAACUUUGUGAAGCCAAUCUUUGUAGCGGAUGCUUGAACUCAACUGUAAUCUCUUGUGUACAUGAUAGUGGUUAGUUAGAUUGUGUGUAUCUUUUCUGUAGCCAUGUUUUGAAAAAGAUGAACAAAUUAAAAGCAAAAUGAAAAUCAGGAGGAGGCUAGGUAAAA